GGUUCCGACCCUCUUCCACCGUUCCUUGGAUGUAAACGUUUCUGUAUUUCAUUUCUUUCAAACUGGGUCCUGCCAGUGUCCUAAACGGCCGUUGAAAGGGAAAAACGAACACAGGCUGGCAUACACUUAUAUCCCUGCGCAUGUGCAGUGAUCCAGUUCGGAGGCCGGGGCGUGGCCUGAAUUGUGGGGGUUCCGCGCAUGCGCUCAUUUUGCUCCGUGCGGCGGUGGCGGCGGCGGCAGCGUCGGCGGUCCGGAGGCGGCUCAAGUAUGUCGGCCCCGUUUGAAGAGCGCAGUGGUGUGGUUCCGUGCGGGACUCCGUGGGGCCAGUGGUACCAGACCUUGGAGGAGGUGUUUAUUGAAGUUCAGGUGCCGCCAGGCACUCGCGCCAAGGAUAUCCAGUGUGGCUUGCAGAGCCGGCAUGUGGCGCUGGCAGUGGGUGGCCGCGAGAUCCUCAAGGGCAAACUUUUUGAUUCUACAAUAGCUGAUGAGGGAACAUGGACUUUGGAGGACAGAAAAAUGGUCCGCAUUGUUCUUACAAAGACAAAGAGAGAUGCAGCAAAUUGUUGGACUUCUCUCCUAGAAUCUGAAUAUGCAGCUGAUCCUUGGGUGCAAGACCAAAUGCAGAGAAAACUUACAUUAGAGAGAUUUCAGAAAGAAAAUCCUGGUUUUGACUUCAGUGGAGCAGAAAUCUCAGGAAACUAUACUAAAGGUGGACCAGAUUUCUCAAAUCUUGAGAAAUAACCAGUUUUUUAUGCUGCAUUCCAUGGAUCAUAGCAGAUGUUGUCAACUUAAUCAAAGGAACAGAUUAUGUGGUAGAAGAAAAAUGUGUGUGCCUGCACUUAACAAAAUAUAUUUAACUAUGGGUCUAAAAUUGCAUUCAAAUAUGAUUUACAUAGGAAAUAUCUUAAAUAUUGUGGGUACUGUUCUAUUAACUUGUGUUAACUUUUUCGGACUUAUUUUUGCUAAGCAUGAAGUUUUAUAUGCUGUAUUUUACUAAUUUCAUAUUUAACCUGUAUUUUUAAUACCAAAAACAUUACAAUAUAGAUCAUGUGAAAUAAAAGGGUAGCUUCAGGAAAAAUUAAGUUUUUCUUUCAAUAAGUAUGAUGCAGGAAUAAUAUUCAAUAAACUUUUCUAAAUAGGAA